GGAACAGUGUCCAAAUCUUCCUGCAGUACUCCUUUUGUAAUCAGAAGGCACUAUGCUAAUCUCACAGAAGAACAGAAAGAGAGACUGUCUGAAGGUCCUGGCCUUGAAGACUUUAUUUCAGGUGAUGUUGAAGAGUACAAGGGUCAUGAGGGCAUCAAGCGGGUGAAAGGUGAAAGAUUGAGGCUUCCAGAAUGGCUGAAGACUGAAAUUCCCAUGGGCAAAAACUUUGCAUCCUUGAAGAAGUCACUCAGAAAACUUAAUCUGCAUACGGUUUGUGAGGAAGCCAAGUGCCCCAACAUUGGUGAGUGUUGGGGUGGGGGCGAACAUGCAACAGCAACUGCAACAAUUAUGGUCCUAGGAGACCACUGCACCAGGGGUUGCCGCUUCUGCUCAGUAAAGACAUCUCGUAACCCGCCCCCACCUGACCCACUGGAACCUGUGAAUACUGCAACAGCCAUUGCUGAAUGGGGACUUGACUACGUUGUUCUUACCUCAGUAGACAGGGAUGAUUUACCAGAUGGAGGAGCUGCCCAUUUUGCCCAAACUGUGAGGGAAAUCAAAUCAAGGAAUUCUUCAAUAUUGGUUGAAUGUCUAACCCCUGACUUUCGAGGUGACCUGGAGGCUGUGUCUGUAGUAGCCGGCUCCGGACUGGAUGUCUAUGCUCACAAUGUGGAAACUGUACAGGACUUGCAGUGGCUGGUUAGAGACCCCCGUGCCAACUACCAACAGUCACUGUCUGUCCUGACACACGUCAAAGCUGUACACCCACAGAUGGUCACCAAGACUUCAAUAAUGCUGGGGCUAGGUGAAACAGACGAACAGAUCAUGAAAACUCUAGAAGAUCUGCGUAACAUUGAUGUUGACUGUGUUACUCUGGGUCAGUAUAUGCAACCCACAAAGAGGCACUUAAAGGUCAAAGAGUAUGUACACCCUGAUAAGUUCAAGUACUGGGAAGAGAUUGGGCAGAAGCUGGGCUUUGCUUACACAGCCAGUGGCCCUCUGGUCAGGUCUUCUUACAAAGCUGGGGAAUUUUUCCUGAAGAAUCUUUUAGAGAAGAGAAAAUCCAAAGGAAACUCAUAA